AUGCCUGCCCUGAUGAACGCACAACAACUCCAAAGAUCAACAUCACAAAGACCGCCAAAAAACGAAGAAGUACUCGCAAUCUCAAAUCUCAAUCUCGUCCCCCUUCUCGGCCCCAUUCUCGACCUAGAUCUCCCAUCUGAAAUCAAAGCGCACAUUUUUAAUUACCUUGAUGUCGAAGAUGCAGGAUCUUUAAGAUUAAUAUCUCGAGCUUGGGCUAUAACCGGGACCGAGAGACUUUUCCGAGAUGGCUUCAAGCUCCACCCUCAUUGUCAACCAACAGAUAUAGAUAGGCUGUGUAAAGUAUCCGAAUGCCCGCGUCUAGCUCAAACAAUCAAGUCGAUAAUCAUAUUUCUAGAUUCGAGUGAUGCGAGAAAAUGGACUUUUUACUUUUCAGAUGCUAGAGAAAUUCUUCGGAGACGAAUCGCUAAUGAACCUGGCUUCUGUGAUCCCAUUCACUUGGCGAAAGCUUUCAGCAAACUUCCUAAUUUCAAAAACCUCACGAUCACCUCACUUAGUUAUCCGCUUUCGGAAGAUAUGUUUCAAUCGACCUCAACAUGGAUUCCUAGUUGGAACUCGACAAUCGAAGAAGAGCGAACACAAUUUAUGGCAGAUGAUUUGUCUCAAUGGUAUUACACUUCGAUAGUAGCAGCGAUCAAUGCGGCUGGUGUAAUACUUUUGUCUGUUGAAUUUGACUGCCUUCCCAUGGAUCGUUUAUCAUCCCAGGAGCUAGGAUCUCCUCCUUUCAUUCCCCUACAACCCUCUCUGCAUCGACUUUGCCUUCUAUCCGAGUGUUCUGGCCAUCCAUAUAGAUCUCUCAGUUGUCUAGUUACCCCUCUCGAGCAACUUUCGAUUGGAUUCUGGGACUAUGGAUUUACAUCCUGGCAGGAUUCGCUCGUUGCUCAAAGAAUCAUCGACCUUUUGUUUUCGGCACAGCGUCUUCGAAGAUUAGACUUAAUGUUUGUAAUGAAUCUCUCUACAAGCAUGACACCAGACUUUCAAGUUGCAUGGAAAAAUUCCUUCUAUAGCAUCACGAUUCCUCGUUUAGAAAGUCUUCGUCUACAUCAAACAGACAUUCCAGGACCUCUUCUCAUUUCAUUUCUUGAGCGACAUCGGUCUACUCUCAAGAACUUACAUCUUAGCGGAGGAUAUGGAUGCGGACCUGGUAGUGGCUGGAAUCAUCUCACACGAUUCCAAUGGAAGGAAAUGCUUACCUCGUUGAGAGAUAAUCUCUCACUUCAAAAAUUUGAACUUCUGACGUAUGACGAUAGGAAGAAUAUAUAUGACUGGAAUUGGAAUACUGUUCCGGGGACAGACAUAAAGUUUGCGAAACUGUUGGAAAAUUAUGUACUAAGAAAACGUCUGUGGCCAUUUUUUAUGCCCGUGGAAAAAAACGAAACACGAUUAUUGGGGUUGGAAAGUUGA